UACCAGUUGGACACCUGCGAUGAAAUCCUGCGAAGGCGUUAUCGAGGCUUGCCCAGCUUCGGAAGAGAUUGUUAGUAAACACGAAUGAAAAAGCGUUUUCAGCAGUGACAGUUAUGAAGCCAGUGUAGUGAAUAUCUGGUCGUUUUAGAAGAAAUGAAGACUGUAACAUGCUUGUUGCGAUCAGUUGUUAAACUGUGAAUAAUGCAAUGUCCAAGAAGACGACGCGGCGUUUUGUAACAAGUGAAAAAAUUCAGCUUAGACACAGACAGCAACUUCCAGAACCAGUUGAUGAAAUGACAACUGAUGCUAUGCAUUAUGCCUCGGAUUCGAAGGAUCCUUUCAAUCUCUCUCAUAUGGCAUUGUCAAUGCCAGUAAAUAUUCAUUAUGGAAGUACAGCUGGUGCUAAACAAGAAGACAGUGAUAACUCUGCUUCGUCAGAUGAUCCUUUUAGGGACUCUUUCAGCAAAUUGCAGGAUUUGGAGUAUUUUGAUACUGAUUCAUCUAGCUGGGAUCAAAGUGCAGCUAGCUUCAUGUCUUGGUCUGAUGAAUUUGAAUCAGCAACAACAGAAAGAAUUCAGAAACUCAUGGAUGAUAUUGAAUGCAUCUUAUACGAUGAACCUUUGGAAACACCACCUAGCAAGGAAAUUAUUGAUGAAUGCCGAAUGUGGAAGGAGGCAUUUCCACAUAUGAGAGUUAGGGGACAUGGAAUCAAGAUGAUUGCAGUGCCUCAAGAAGAGGAAUCUCAUGAAAGCAUUAUUCAAGAAGAGGUUUUUGCUGUUCAUGGAGUUGUAAAUGAUGCCAAAGAGAGCAGUUCUUUAAAAAGAAGGGAGUCAUCGACUGAUAACUCUGCUGCCCAUUGUAAUGAAGUUCCUAUAACAGAAGAAUCUAAAUCUUGCCAGCUUGAGAAUAUGGUUGAAAACUAUGUGUUACAACAACUUGCUUCAUAUAUACAGUCAGAAGUUAUUAAAAAACUUACGUGUGGUGUACAGAGUAGUGAAUGUAGUUCAGGUAAAAAGUGUGACAAAUUACCAGAUGUGUGUUUCCAGAAUUCCGCUUCUCCACAAACUGUGGUAUCUGUGCUAAGUGAUUCAGAAUCUGACGACACAAAUUCAGCUCGGACAGUUUUGUCUAAAUCAUCACGUACUAGGGAGGUGCUAAUUAGCAGUUCAUCAAGAUCAGAACUUCGUGUGCAGAAUAAUAAUGCAUUUUCCACACCACGUUUGUUUGAUGUUGGGAAUUAUACUGCAGAAUAUCCAUCAUUCUCUGUUAUUGGUUCAGCACCAGUGAGCUUGCCACCACCUAGGACUGCUAGUUCACCAGUACAUGAGGCACGAUCAUUUCAUAGUGCAGCAGAAAGAAACAAAAGACAGUAUGCUGACAGACGAUUCAGUUGUGGAUUUACAGCUCGAGAGAGAUCUUCACACCAAGUCCAAGAAGCAGAUGAAAAGAAUCAAAAUUAUAAGGCAUUGCUUUACAACAGCAAUAAUCGAAAGCAAUUCUUACCACCAAAUCCACAGGAUAAAUUAAAUAAACGUUUAGUAUUACCUCCAAUUGACAAAGUGGAAACUCAGAAGAUGUCGGCAUCCCAUGGGCCAAAUAAAACUCUCAGUGUUCAUGGGUUUGGAUUUUCAAGAUCAGAAUUUAUUAAACCAUCAGUAGCUCAGCCUCCUGGAAUGAGUAAAUUUGGUAGGCGCAAGAAUGAACAGCAGCUUAAGUAAGUUUAGUAUCCAUGAUUAUGUCAGUGCAGAUGUGAUGUGGCUCCUGAGAAGUCUUAAUUUGAUUCCAAAUCUGACAGUAUCUCUGCCAGUAAGUAAAUAUACACCAUUGAAAAGGUUUUACUUGAUAUUUAUUACCAGAUUUAUGUGGCAUUCUUUGUGACACAAAAACAGAUGUCUAUUGUGAUUGGGGAUUUUGUAUUGAAGCAGGGAAUUAUGUAUUGAAGCAUUGUGUAUUAGGAUUACAUAGGCUACUUGUAGUAGAUAUGCAGUGAUGAUGACUGGCCAAAUGUAGAAAGUCAAGGUAAAAUAGGCAAGAAACAUAUUCUUGAUAAACGUGUUGCAUAUUGUUAUUAAUCUUAAAGUGCUACAAUUGAGGCAUAUUUUGUUGGACAAUAUACUUGACAACAAAUUCCUAAUGGUAUAUACUAAAAAUGCCCUUGCUGAAAUUUGCAGAUUAGAUGAUUUCUCAACUGUGACAGACAAUUCUGAUGUGGGAUGUAUUUUGGAUGUAGAAAAAGGCAGCUAUGAGUCAUUAUAACUUACUGGUGCACCUGUGAUCCUCAAAAAGAAAGAAAAAGACACUACAUUUCACAGACGUAAAAAUAUAACAUGGAAUCAUACAAGUGUUGUAAGUGAAGCACUCACAGAGGUAAAAUAAAUUGAUGGAUGCCGUUUCAAAUGUUCAUGAAAGCUACAGAAAAUUAAAAACUGUUAUUACCCCAUAUCAUAAUUCAGAUAAUAAUGUUAUAGAAUUAAAAUAAGUUGUCUGAAACUGAUACCGUGAAAAGUCUGGAAUGAAAUAACAACAGUAUGGAAGGGGUGAACUGCUACUCACCACAUAGAGGAGAGAUUGAAUCGCAGGCUUCCUAGUGUUCUUUUUCAUUGUGCCUGUCUGGCACUUAAUGCCUCCUUCAUAUGGUGAGUAGCAAUCAAUCAUUUCCAUAUAUUCUGAAAUUGAUAGUGUUAACUCAUAUGCUUGUGUUUCACAUGAACAAAAAUAACCACCACUUUAUUUAUAAUAUACCACCAACAAAUGUGUGCUAAUGACAUGUUCUAAUUAUGGACUUGAAUGAAUUCAUAAAAGCUACACCUAAAAUAUUUUUACAUUGAUGCUCUGAGUAGAUUUGUGUGCUUUACGGUGAAUAAAAUUGCAUACAUUUGAAGAUAUGUUUAAAUAUUUCACGGUAAUAAAGUAAAUUUUAAUUGUAUAAAAUGAAAUAAAAUAAGCAGAAUAAUUAAUGGACGUGACAUUUUACUGCUCUCUUAACAUCCAGAACAGCUCCCAUAUGAGGAAUAACUUCUUGCAACUUUAAAUGAAGUAUUAGUCUCAACAUCUUUUCCUUUAUUAAGUCAGGUUAAGCAGCAGAUGUUGCUGUUGAAGCAUCUCUACCAGAACGCUCAAAAGAAGGCAGUUCUUCUUGUAUGCUCAUUUUUUUUUCCGCUUUUAGUACGUAACACAGACAACAUGAUUUUAAUUUCAUCACAAAUGAAUUCAUCAAAAAAGUAAUUAUGAUUUGGAUUGACAAAUCUGAUAAAUUUAUAGAAGGAAGUGGGAAUGCAUAUCUAAGAGUAUGGCUCUUGGAAUCAUUAUGCUCACACUUCAAAUAGGUGCCACAUACAGUUGGUAGCUGACAGUUUAUUUUGAUUACCUGUGUCGUGUUUCAUAGGAAUGAAUAAGAACAACUGUUGAGCAGGUAUAAGUUCUUUUUAUUUUAAAAAUGGGAACUGUGAUUGAGAUAAAAAUGCCAUGUCAUACUAAGGGGGCAAACCACAAAAGGAGGCUGUUUGACACACAUUUUUUUGGAUUUUUUGUGUGGGAAGAAUUAAUUAGAAUUUAAUCAAAGUUUGACAUCAUUUCUUUCAUAUUUUGAACAGUUUUUGUGAAUUUUUUAAAAUAAUUUCAGCCAGAAAUAACAAAGUUAUGCUGUGAUGUCCGCUGAAGGUUGUGAUUAUAGUCUUCCAGUUGCUGAAGUGUAGCCAUUCAGAUUUUCAUCUGAAAUAAAACAGUUUUUGAUUUUCUAUUAAUAACUUAUUUUCUAAGAGUAUGAACCUCAAUGCAGGUAUAAACAAUGAAAAUCCAAAAUUUUGCAGGUGUUGGAACAAUAUACUUGGACUUUCACAAUUUUUUUCUCUAAUUAUGCAAAGAAAAAUACCCUUAAAAUCAUAUCAUCAUCUCACGAGUUGGUUCAUAUAAUUUGUAAUUUUAUAAAGAAUCAUACUAUCAAUUGUCAUAACGAUCGGUUGUAUACUUUUUGAGUUAGACUCCACGGAAAUGUGGAAAAAGUCAUUUCGAGAUAAACGCGUUUGAAAAAUAAAUUCUUGGAAACUAGGAAUUCAAGGAAGUUAACAAUGAUGUAAAAUACUUACCAAUUAAUCUGCGAUUCCAGCACCAUAUUGUAAACCUCCUUCUUCCUCAUAGGCUUCGUUUUGCGCUUUCCAGUUAAC